AGUUUGACGUUUGACAGUAUUGUGCCGGUAGUAUUGUAUAUUCUAAUUGGAACGCGAUCGUACUACUUUGAAGAAGUUUCAAUCCAGAAACAGUUAUGGAUAACAUACCGGCGAAAAUUGAAGACGUGAAGGACGCCAUCGGUGAGGACGUAAAGGAGCAUAAGGAGACCAUCAAGAGGGAAGUGGAUUCUUUGGAUGAUUUCGAACAUUUAGGACACGACUCUAGCCCGCUGAAGGAUGUGGCAAAAGAAGUUACUGGCGAUUUGUUAGGUAAUUUUCAAACCGAGUCCGCUACACGUGAUCUGUUGGGGGAAAUCAAUAAAGGGGUUGAAAAAGUCGGCAGUACAGUUACCGACGAGCUACUGUCGUUCGACCCGCUGAAGGGUGCAGAGAAUUUAUUCGACAAACCCUUGAACCCCAGCAAGAUGGAUUCAAACUUAUUGGACAUGACUGAAAAAUUUCCGGAUCGCAAAGAGGCCGACGAUAAAUUGGACAAGUUCCUGCACGAGAUGAGCCAGCCGUUCGCACAGCCGAAGGCCCAGGAGCUGCCCGAAACCCAAGACAAGUACGGUCUCGACGAUUUCAAAUCGACCACACAGAAUUUCAUGGACAAUGAACGCGGCCCAAUUGAACCGGCAACGAUCCACUCUAAUGACUCGAUCGACCGCUACUCGGACAGUGAACCAGAUGUUGGAGACGAUGGGGAAGAUUUCACGCCAUCCAAGUACGGUUUCGUGCCCAAGAAAAACGAAUUGCCCGAAUCGUUCGGCUCCACAGAGAAUUUCAAAACUGAAACUUUCAAGGAUGUCGAAGAAUUCGAGCCGGCACCGCCCCACAAGGAUCAUCCGGUCGUCAAGCCCAAAGAUCCGGCCCCUGAGCCGCCGAAGGUGCCGGAACCGGUCAAGGAACCGGCAAAAGCACCAGAACCUGUCAAACCGAAGACCCCUGAGCCAGUUGUCGAGCCACCCAAACCGAAACCGAUCGAAACCAAGGAAACGAAGAAGGAGGACGUGAAGCCCGUCCAAAAACCGAAGGCUGCCGUCACAGAUGCCGAAGCUAUCUUUUGCAAAAUGGGUUUGGAUACGUGGUUUAACCCAACGAGACUGAACCCACAAGUGGAGAGUCUGAUAUACUGGCGCGACCCCAAGAAGUCGGGCCCAGUAUUUGGGGGCGUUCUUGUCGUACUUCUCGCCCUGACAUACUUCUCCCUGAUCAGCGUGAUCGCCUACCUGUCGCUGUUAGCACUUUCUGGAACAAUUGCAUUCAGAAUCUACAAAAACAUCGUUCAGGCCGUGCAAAAGACUGGUGACGGACAUCCAUUCAAAGAAUUUUUGGAUAUCGACAUUUCCCUGUCGCAAGACAAAGUAAAGGAAGUAUCGGAAGUGGCAGUCGCCCACUUGAAUGCCGCCACAGCCGAGUUGCGCAGAUUGUUCCUCGUCGAAGACUUGGUCGACUCCAUCAAAUUCGGAGUUCUGUUGUGGGCUUUCACAUACUUGGGAGCAUGGUUCAACGGAAUGACCCUGAUUAUUAUCGCUUGGGUCGCACUCUUCUCACUCCCGAAGGUAUAUGAAACCAACAAGACACAAAUUGAUGCCAACUUGGAAAUCGUGAGAACUAAAGUAGAUGAAAUUACAUCAAAAGUAAAAGCAGCUAUUCCCAUUGGCAAAAAAGGUGAAGAAAAGAAAGAACAGUAAAUAUUUUAUUUUUAACAUCUUCCAAAUCAUCCUAUAAUUUUCCAUAUUCCAUCCCAUUGAACGAUUGAUUUACUUUUGACUUGUGUUAUUAAUAUAUUUUUUUUGUAUAUAUAUGAUAUUUUAUUCAAUUAUUUAUUCAGUUUAUGGAUAUUUGUUGGUCACUGUCUAAGAAUGUAAUACAUAAGUUUUAUCAAUGCAAAACACAUGAGGUGUUAAAUAUGUUCUAUUUAUAAGAAUACAAUUAAAAAUAUAAAUUUUAA